UAUAAAUAUGACAGAUGUUAAAAUUUUAAACAAUGUUAUUCAGAUUAUUUUUAGCAGUAAUAUUGUUUAUAGUACAGAUCCUGUUUGCAGGCUUUGUAGAGACUCGCAAUUCAUCAAAUUACUAUGCGACCAAAUUCGAACCUCGGAUUACUAAAGGAAAAGAUGCGAAUAUUGAAGAAGUACCAUAUGUCGUGAGGAUUGUUUUUGGAACCGCAAUAUGUACUGGUUCUAUUAUUAAUGAGUCAUGGGUUUUGACGGCAGCCCAUUGUGUGGACACUACCGAAAAAAUAAAGGUCUUUGCAGGAAUUGAUGAUAAAACUGACAGGACAGGUCAAGAACGAGAUGCAUUAAAAGCAUAUAUACAUAAUGAUUAUAGCAAAGGGAAAAUAUCUAAACAUGACAUAGGACUUAUCAAGGUUGAACCUUUUCAACUCAACAAGAAGGUUGGUAUAAUUGAACUAUCAGGUGAAGUGUGGCCCCAAGAAAGAAAAUACAAAAGACCCUGUUUAGCUGCGGGGUGGGGAGUCCCAGAAAUUGGUGAAAAAUCGGUAACAAAAUUACAAAAACUUGACGUAAUUGCAAGACAUGGAGAAUUGGGCUGCAGAUGUUGGCAGACAUUUCACAAUAAAAGGUUGGUAUGCCUACAAGGUCAGUCUGGAUUUGGCGCUUGCAAAGGCGACUCAGGAAGUGCUUUAGUUUGUGAUAAAAAGGCUGUUGGUGUGGCACAUAUGAUUUAUUUGAUUCAAUCAUGUAGUUCAUUCAGUUUCGGCAAUUAUGAUUUCAAAUGCUCAGAUACUUCUAGUGCAUAUAUGUACAUAUGCCCGUACUUGGACUGGAUACAUAGCUAUGUGUCAAAUGUUCCUAAACAGCCUCUCUCUUGCAAAGGAUGUCAAAUAUCACAUAAUUUAGUGUACUUUAUGUCACUAUUUGUUACUUUACUAUUUUUAAAAUUUUAAAUACUAUGUCAAGUCAUUUAUAGAUUGUGUAUAUUUAAAUAAAAUUAUUUUCUGAAAAUAAAUGACAAAAACAUCUUGCUUCAGUGAUUUUUCGACUAAGCACACUGACUAAUUAAUAAUAAAAGGGA